AUGAGACCCAUCCUUCUGGCGGGCCACGAAAGAGCCCUGACCCAAAUCAAAUACAACCGCGAUGGCGACAUCAUCUUCUCCGUAGCAAAGGACCAGCACAUCUGCGCAUGGUUCUCCCACAACGGCGAGCGCUUCGGCACCUACCACGGCCACCAGGGUGCCAUCUGGACCGUCGAUGUCGACCCAACCAGUACAAUCAUCGCCUCGGGCGCCGCUGACAACACCAUCAAGCUGUGGGAGAUCAAGACCGGCAAGUGCCUGAUGACAUGGGAGUUCCCCACCGCCGUCAAGCGCGUCGAGUUCAACGAAGACGGAACCCAGCUGCUGGGCGUGACGGAGAAGCGAAUGGGCCACCUGGGCACCAUCGUUGUGCUCGACAUCAAGCUGGACGUCACCGCAGAGCAGAACCCGGAGAAGGUCCUGACCAUCGUGUGCGACGAGAGCAAGGCCACCGUCGCCGGCUGGAGCUACCUGUCCAAGUACAUCAUCGCCGGCCACGAGGACGGCUCCGUGUCGCAGUACGACGGCAAGACCGGCGACAUCAUCUACAAGAUCACCCCGCACGACCUCGGCGCCCAGGUCACCGAUCUGCAGUGGAGCCAGGACCGCACCUACUUCAUCACCGCCUCCAAGGACAAGACGGCCAAGCUCAUCUCCGCCCGCGACCUCGAGCUGCUCAAGACCUACCCCGCCGACACCCCUCUCAACAGCGCCACCAUCACCCCCAAGAAGGACUUCGUCAUCCUCGGUGGUGGCCAGGCUGCCAUGGACGUUACCACCACUGCCGCCCGCCAGGGUAAAUUCGAGGCGAGGUUCUACCACAAGAUCUUCGAGGAGGAGGUCGGCCGUGUCCGUGGCCAUUUCGGUCCCCUGAACACCGUCGCAGCGGACCCCACCGGCAAGAGCUACGCGUCCGGAGGAGAGGACGGUUACGUCCGCGUGCACCACUUUGACAAGGGCUACUUCGACUUCCUGUACGAGGUGGAGAGGGAGCACCUCAACAGGCAAUCGUGA